AUGGCCAAGAAGAGGAUUGCUGUGAUCGGAGCCGGAAUUAGUGGGCUGGGAGCCAUUAAGUGCUGCCUGGAUGAAGGUUUAGAACCCACUUGCUUUGAAAGAAAUGAUGAUAUUGGAGGUCUCUGGAAAUUUCAAAAAAAUACUUCAGAGAAAAUGCCUAGUAUCUAUAGAUCUGUGACCAUCAACACUUCCAAGGAAAUGAUGUGUUUCAGUGACUUUCCCAUACCUGAUCAUUUUCCCAACUACAUGCACAACUCCAAACUCAUGGACUACUUCAGGAUGUAUGUCAAACACUUUGACCUCCUGAAACACAUUUGCUUUAAGACAAAAGUGCGAAGUGUGAGGAAGCGUCCAGAUUUUUCUGUCAGUGGACAAUGGGAUGUCAUGGUGGAGACUAAUGAAAAACAGGAGACUUUGGUCUUCGAUGGGGUCUUGGUCUGCAGUGGCCAUCACACCGACCCCUACUUACCACUUCAGUCCUUCCCAGGCAUUGAAAAGUUUGAAGGCUGCUAUUUCCACAGUCGGGAGUACAAAAGUCCUGAGGACUUUUUUGGAAAAAGAAUCAUAGUAGUUGGCAUUGGGAAUUCUGGAGUGGACAUUGCAGUGGAGCUCAGUCGUGUGGCAAAACAGGUGUUCCUUAGUACUAGACGAGGAGCCUGGGUUUUACAUCGUGUUUGGGAAAAUGGGUAUCCUAUGGAUAGUUCCUUCUUCACUCGGUUCAAUAGUUUUCUCCAGAAAAUAUCGACAGAACUAACAAAUAAACAUCUAGAGAAAAUACUGAAUUCAAGAUUCAAUCAUGCACACUACGGCCUGAAGCCUCAGCACAGAGUUUUAAGUCAGCAUCCAACUGUCAGUGAUGACCUGCCCAAUCACAUAAUUUCUGGAAGAGUCCACAUGAAGCCCAAUGUGAAGGAGUUCACAGAGACAGAUGCCAUUUUUGAUGACGGCACCAUAGAAGAAAAGAUUGAUGUUGUCAUCUUUGCUACCGGAUAUAGUUUUUCUUUUCCCUUCCUUCAUGGUCUGAUAAAAGUUAGUAACAAUGAAGUGUCUCUGUAUAAACUUAUGUUCCCCCCAGACCUGGAAAAGCCAACAUUGGCUGUCAUCGGUCUUAUCCAGCCACUGGGUAUUGUCCUACCAAUUGCAGAACUCCAGUCUCGCUGGGCUACUCGAGUGUUCAAAGGACUGAAUAAAUUGCCCUCAGUGAAGAACAUGAUGGCAGAUAUUGCCCUGAGAAAAAGGACUAUGGAAAAACGGUAUGUGAAGACCCCGCGUCAUACAAUCCAGGUGGAUCACAUUGAGUACAUGGAUGAGAUUGCUACACUGGUGGGGGUGAAGCCCAACCUGCUAUUCCUCUUUCUCUCUGACCCAAAGCUGGCCAUGGAGGUUUUCUUCGGCCCAUGCACUCCAUACCAGUACCGUCUGCAGGGCCCCGGGAAAUGGGAUGGAGCCCGGAGAGCCAUCCUGACCCAGAGACAGCGAAUCAUCAAGCCCCUGAGGACUCGAAUCAGUAGUGAGGACAGUCACUCAUCACAGCUCUCCUGGGUUAAGAUGGUACCAAUUGGGCUGUCAUUUCUUGUAGUUGGUUUAUCCUACUUUAGAUAUAUUCAUCAUGGUAAGCGGAAAUAA